AUGGCGGCAUACCACGACCUCGAGCGGCGCUUUGUUGGGCUCGCACCGCGCGCGCCGAGGCGACUCAAAGUGCUCCUCGGAUUCGCGGUGCUGAUCGCGCUCUCGCUCUUCCUCUGGCCACGGGACAGCUCUGACGCGCUCGAUACGUUGGCCCAGCAAUCGCUCGACGGGUUCGAAGACCUCGAUGUGGCCUUUGCGCGGGCCGACGUGCUGGCCGCCAACCCUGGCCGCCUCGAUGUCAGCGAUAACAGCCGAGUUCAAGUACGCAUCAAAGACGCGGGGUACGUUGUCGAUGAGAACGGCGACCACUUCUACCCCGGCGUCCAUCGCCCCGUGGCCCCACUCGACCCGGGCGUGGCUGUCGACCCGGCCGAUGCGUUUCCCGACAUUGACGCCGCGACGCACCUCGUGCCCCCGCCCGAGGACGCCGCCUUCCCCGCCGAGCUGGAGCGCAACAUCUCCCUCAGGGCCGACCCGGACGCCGUCGAGCUCAUCAUGGCGAGCAUUGUCAUCCCGCCAGACGCGUUCUCAGUCACUUGGGAAGCACCUGAUUUCGAGGAGAAGACGGGUGGUGCCAGCCGCCGGGUUCAGUGGGCCGGGUUCGACGGGGCGCACGAGAGCGACGCGGAGAAGGCAGUGAGGGAGGCUCGGCGCGACGCCGUGCGUCGCGGGUUUAUCCACACAUGGCAGGCGUACAAGGACUAUGCGUGGGGCCACGACGAGGUGCGGCCAGUGUCGCGCACACCAUCGGACCCCUUCAACGGGUGGGGUGCGACCAUCAUCGACUCGCUUGACACGCUCCUACUCAUGGGCCUUAGUGCAGAGUACGACCUGUGCCGGCCACAUGUGAACCAGCUCAACAUGCACUGGCUCAACGGGCGCGACUGGUCUACAGCAUACCGAACGCGGGCGAAUGUGUCGGUCCCGCGCGAGAUUGUCCAGCUGCCGACAUUCGAGACGAACAUUCGGUACCUUGGCGGCCUGAUAAGCGCGUACGACCUGUCAGGUGACGCGUUGAUGCUCGAGCGCGCGCUCGACCUCGCCAAGAUCCUCGCACGGUCAUUCAACACGGCGUCGGGGCUGCCAGCGUCCCGCAUCGACCCAGGGCACACAAGCGCGUACUGGACAGGAAGUGUCUCUCUUGCCGAAGCCGGCUCACUCAGCCUCGAGUUUUCGCGCCUCAGCCUGAUCACGAAAGACCCACAAUGGUUCGACCUCACACACCGCGCGACAGAGUUCAUCAAGAAGGGCCCGGCAGUCAGAUCAGACCACCCGCCACUCAUCACAGGCAACUUUGUGCCUGAUCAGAAGGGCGGGUUGUAUGGUUCCUAUGCGUUUGGCGGGCUCGCCGACUCGUACUACGAGUACCUAAUCAAAGUAGGGCAGCUGUUGUCCGGUCGCGCAGUGGCGAAAUUGUACACAGACCUGUACGCCGCGAGCAUCGACACGGCGCGGAAGACGCUGUAUGGCGACGUGUCUAUCCCGGGGCUCGACGAGCAGCUGAUGAUCAUUGGCAAGCGCGCGUGGCGCCAGCCACUCUUGCACGAGCUCGAGCACUUGACGUGUUUCGCCGGCGGCAUGCUUGGCCUCGGUGCAAGACUUCUCAACCGUGACCAGGAUCUAGACGACGGCCAGCGCGUCGCUUCGACGUGUUACUGGGUGUCGAAGGCGACGGGCACGGGGGUACAGCCUGAGUCGGUGAUCUUCUACCCGGCAAACGACACGACCAGGGAAACGCUCUUGACGAUCGAUGGAGAGCGGUACGACGCUGCGCGACAGCAAGCAGGUAUUGGCAGCUCCAAGGUGUUUGACCACGAGCCAACAGAGCCACGCACAGAGCCGAUAAAGUACUACCGCCACCUGCAGGGAUACCCACCAGGUGUCAAGUUCUCGUCCCCGCGGUACAUCGGCCGGCCGGAGACGAUCGAGUCGGUCUUCUACAUGUACCGCCUGACGGGCGACAAGAAGUGGCAAGAGCGCGGCUGGCGAAUGUUCACCUCGUGGGCAGCUGCUGCGCGUGCAAAGGGCGGAAUGGCGAGCGUUCUCAACGCCGUCCAUCCGCCGGCGAGACACACAGACAACAUGGAGAGCUUUGUGCUCGCCGAGACUUUCAAAUACCACUUUCUCCUGCAGAGUGCGCCGGAUGUGCUCUCGCUCGACGAGUGGGUGUUCAACACUGAGGCGCACCCUUUCAUCAUCGGCGAGAGGGCACCCGGUUCGUCGGGUCUCUGGAAGGGCGGGAAUGGUGAGGAGCUGGGGGCACGCGGCGCCGGCACCGACGCGCAGAAGUGGAAUCGGCUGAUGAACCUCGAGCGGUUCGGUCCAUAG